CUAUAGCCUGAGGAAUUUACUGGGCUUGCAGACGCCGGACAACUUGAUAUUUUACCGUUUUUUUCCCAUGCAUUGCCCUCCCGCCACAUACUGCGAGCCCGCGCGUCAAGAUUUUCGGCCCUACCUUUGAUCUAUUUAACAGGAGUCCUGGCAGGCUCAGCCAUCGCCGUUCAUUCAACGUCUUACCGCGUGAUUCUAUCAACAUCAAUGCCAGAAGGACACGCCAUCCCCUAGAUUCCAAGUCUCGGUCACUUUCAGCCGACUACGAGUCUCUGAAGAUGGCGUUCUCAUUCGUCGCAGCUCCCCAGUCGGCCAUGGGUGGAGGAAAAGUGCAGCUAGGUCCUGAGCUGCAGGAGAUUCAAACACAGGAGGUCGGCUUCCUCUCCCUGAAUGGCGAUUCCAAAGUACAGCUUCUUCCUUCGCCAUGGCCUACGGACGCAUUACCACCCCCAACCUCUUCUCUGUUAAGUGUCGCCCCGACAAAGUCCCUUGUCGCAGCCGCUGGACCCGAGGGCAUCAUUAUCGCCAGCACAGACUCUGCCAGAAAAGCAUUUUUCGCUGACGCGGUCGGCGAGAGCAAUGUUAGACCAUUUCAGCCGGAGCUACAGAUUCCGCUCCCUGGUAGGGUGUCUCAUGUGGCGUUCUCCGCCGAUGAAACCGUGCUUGUCGUUGCUGCCCAGACUGGAGAUGGGCUGGCGGUCUUCGACGUGUCAGAGCUCAUGCAAGGCAAAAGCCAGCCAGCCGCAACUAUUCGUUUGAACGGUGAAACUGUCCGAGCCUUACUCCCGAACCCCGUCAUAUCCGAGCUCUUUGCGGUAAUAACGAUCAAUGGGGAAUUAUUGAUUGCGAAUGUGAAAAAAGGACAGCUGGAUGCAGGGCCUAAUGGCCCCGUUCUAAAAACCGGAGUUAGCUCUGCUUCUUGGAGUACAAGAGGGAAACAACUCGUUGCUGGAUUGGCAGAUGGAACCGCCUAUCAAAUGACUCCCCAAGGUGAAGGGAAGGCCGAGAUCCCGAAACCUCCAGAUCUCGAAGGCACUCAACACGUUUCUUCCCUGAUAUGGCUUGAGAAUCAUUUAUUUCUCAUGAUCUAUACGCCCACGAUUGUUUCCGAUGAGAGGCCACCUUCGUCGUAUUAUAUUUUAACACGGCACCCACCCGAUAGCUUCGAGUUUCGAAAGUUGCCGGAAAUUUGCUCCCCGUUUGGAGCGGAACGUAAUCCUUCCUUCCAGUUUACUGGCCGAUUAAAAGACUUCGAACCGAAUUUGAAAGAACUCAUCGUUGUCUCUUCGACUACAUCGACAGACGUCGGACUCUUCACACGGUCAACAAAACCCCUUGCUGAUGACUGCCCACCCGAAAAAAUUACAAAUCUCUUCACAACCACAACAAUGUCGGAAGACUCGAGAAGAGCAGAACUGCCAAUGACAGAGGAUAUGGUUGACGUUUCGCCUAUUGGGUUUUCCCUGGAUUUGUCAAGCAAGAACAACGUUCCCUCACCCAUUCCCGGCGAAGAUAUCAAAGAGUCUGCGACGCCGUUGCCUGCAAUUAUGAUAUUAGGUAACGACGGUGUGCUUUCUUGCUGGUGGAUAGUAUAUUCAGAAUCUAUCAGGAAACAAAUUCCGUAUCAUGGACUUUCAGUGGCUCCCAAGGGACAAUCCCUGCCUCAACAGCAAGCUGUUGCUCAGCCAGCCCCUAUUCCUGAAACACCGAAACCAUCCUUUGGACAAGGAAUGUUUGGAAAGCCAGCAUUUGGCCAGCCGUCUUUUGGAACACCCGCAACUCCUUCGUUCGGCACUGCUACGCCCCUUGGAGUAGGGCGACAACCAGCUUUUGGUUCUCCAAGCGCUCUUGGAAGCUCCCAGCCAGCUUUUGGACAAGCAAGCCAACUAGGAAAUGGGAGAUCCCUUUUCGCCCAAACACCGACUCAGACGCUGAGUCAAUUUGGUACUGGUGGAGGAUUUACCUCUUUCACGUCUGCUGGUGGUUUUGGGGCUACUCUUGGCUCCCACACCCCAGAACAGAGUGCUUUCGCAAAGGCAACAAGCGACAAUCCGUUUUCCAAAGCUGGGCAGCCCCUAUUUGGUUCACAAGGUUCAGAUGUGCUCUCUCAGAAAGAAAGUACGGCGACUGCUUCAGAGGCAUUCGGGUCGAGGGCGUUUGUUCUUGGAUCAACCUUUACGCCUGAUGAGUCCGCUGCUAUGGACGAAGAUAAACCAGAAAAGCCAAAUGGAGCACUCUCCUUUGGUUCACUUCAGCAAUCGCUUGACCUUGGCGGUGUUAACGAACCUGUGACGAAAGCCGAACCAAAACCUUCUCCCUUCACAUCGCCUUUCUCCGGCAUCCCUGAAACCAACACGAUGGUCUCCAAAGAAUCACCAUUCGGUGCACCAAGCUCGGGGCUGUUUGCCACACCUCAACAGCCAGGAUCGCUUUUAACGACCAUGGCAUCGACGACGCCCGCUACAUCACUACCUCCGCCUCCAGUAGCUGCGGAGCCGAAGUCAACCGAGCCAGCCCCCUCUUUGCGACGCGAUAGUGGCAUCUCCAAACCGCCUGUCGAAGCGGAGACUCCAGGAGACGGAAAAGUCGCGCCAUCUCCGAAAAUUGUGGAGCCUCCGCUUCCACCGGAGCCUCCCCUUCCACCAGAGCCUUCCCUUCCACCAGAGCCUCCCCUUCCGCCAGAGCCUACGAGUAGAGCAACCUAUGGCCCUGGGGAUACUUCUGCUUCCUCAUCAAGUGUUUCACGGGAUGCACCACUUCCGCCAGACUUCCUCCCACCGAAGAAACCUGUAUUAUCGAACGAGCCCGCGCUCCCACCUAAGGCCGAAACUCCUAAGGAGCCCAAGUCACCUAAAGAGCCCACAUUACCGGAAUCACCCAAGCAUACUCCGCCCGCCCUACCGGAUGAAUCAGAAGAUGAGGAGGGGGAGAGUGAAGGUUUUGAAGAUAGCGGGGAGGAGAUCACUCAAGAUAUAGGCUCGACCGACUUUAAAAUCUCCCCCGAAAGUUCCUUUGACCUUGUCUCUUAUAAAAGCCCUCCUGGUGGAAGCUUUACACAGAUACCGGCUCCAGAGCCAAAGCCAGCAGUUCCAAAGCCCCUAUUCGGAGAGAUCACAGAAAAGCCAAUUUUCCCUGUGCCUAAAAUACCCCAAAGUCGGACAAUACUUAGCCCUAGAUCUCCGAGCCCCGUUCGCAAUCAGUUUGGAAAGGCGCUUUCUGCCACUGACCACAUCAGGUCUACAAGUGCUCCGAUACCGGGGCAUGCUAUUUCCCGCCGAAAGGCUGCUUUAGAGAGUUCUAUGCUUGCCAAUCAAAUAAGGACACCACCCGAGGAUAUUGAGGAUGACAUCUCGGCAAAAGAAAUUCAACGCCAAGCUCAACGACUCCAGGCUGAGACACAGGAACUUGUUGAGGAUGAGGAUGAGCAGCUCCGAGUGGAUUUGGCACGACCCAUUUCGCCAGCACCAACCCUAGAUCCUUUCCUGCCUCACCAGGAUUAUACUGGAGAAAGCCUGAAGCCUGGAAUUCCUGGCCAAAUUGAACGUCUAUACCGUGACAUCAAUGCCAUGAUAGGUACUUUAGGCAUCAAUGCACGAUCUCUAUCUGCGUUUUUGCUUUAUCAGGAGUCUUCCAGCGAUCAUGAUUACACAGCGUGGCUAAGAAGUCUUCGAAGCGAGAAAUGCGCCGAUCUCCUCGACGAAAAGCUGCUCUUACCAGAGGUUGAAAAGCUUCAGCGAGGCGUUGAAGUGUUAGAUGAAUCUCUUCAAGCAGGAAAAGUGGAAAACAUUCAAGAAAGGCUUGAACAAUGUCACCAGCUUUUAAGUAAAGAUCUUGUGAACCUUCGUGGUCAAUGUGCAAGCAUAAGAAGAACGCUAGAUUCUUAUACGGAUGCUGCAUCCAUCGCUUCUGCGCCAUUAUCAGCGGAGCAAUCUGCUCUCCAACAAGAUCUGCGAAAGCUGUCGACGGAGACUCAGGCGAAACUUGCAGAGCUAGAAAAAGAUGUGUCACUAUUAAGAGCUAGAAUUGCCGACGCUUCCAAGGCAGCGGAUGGGUUUGGCGUUUCGUCAAGGAAAACCAGAUCUCACAUGGCGCGCCCGACGGUAGAGGCUGUGACCUCAACAAUUAAUACCAUGACGAACAUGGCUCAGCAAAAAAGCGGAGAUAUCGAUGUCCUCGAAGCGCAAAUGCGAAAAUUAGGAAUUGAUAUCUCAGAGUCAAUAGCUCCUCGAAGCAGAGAAGCGUCACCGUUCACGACCCCUCUUAAGAACAUGUCCCGGGUGCCGAUUACCCCUGGUUCCCGGGCAUCACUUGAUGGAGCUGUUCGUAGCUUAUAUCACACUCCCGAAUCAAAUCGCACUUCGAAAUUCCGAUCAAGCGUCCUUUCCCAGAGUAUGCUGCGGAGUCCAAACAGACCUACGGAGCUUGUCCCGGCAGAAGAUUCUGAAAGAUGGAAAGCAAAGGCCCAGCGAAGGAGGGAGGCUGUGGGCCACCUAAAAGCUGCACUUGGCCAUCGGAAGGUGAAAGUACGGAGCUUGGAUGAUUUUUGAUUUUCUAAUUUGAUAAAGCAACAUUGGGGGUUGGCAUGUGUUUGUACGAGCCAUUAAUGUUGAUGAAAGUUUACUUUGCCUGUUUCUUGGCCUUAGAUGAAUGCGAUUGUGAAGAAAGUAAAUGGAAAAGUAUCAAGAGAUUGAAAAAUUAUCAUUAUAUAGGCGCAUCUAGCAAUCAACAUGCAUGCAUGCAUAUA